AUGUUAGAGGAUCAUCCAAAAGGAGAUCAGAAAUUGUGGUAUUCUGGUCGAGACAACGAUGAAACCAGCACACUCAGAGCUAGAGCUGCAUAUAAUGGCCUAUCUAAAUCUCCAACCGUUGGCUCGACCGACUCAGAAAAGCCCGGAGCCCAGUCAGCUCUUGAAGUCGAUCUUGCAUCCCACUACGAAUUUGGCGGGCCAUGGGGCGUAAGUGCUAUGAUGAUCUUCUUUCCUCUCCUCAUGUAUUACAUGUGGAUUGGCGCAACCUUUUACGAUGGAAAACUCCCACUCCCUCGGUCACAGCAGUCUAUCACGGAGUUUGUUAGCAGUCUCGGAAGUUUAGUAUAUGAAGAAGCAUUCCCAUCCUUCCGAGCGUGGAAGAUCUAUUGGUCAUUUAUCGUCUUCGAAGCAGCAUGCUAUUGCCUCCUCCCCGGUGUCUGGAGCACGGGAAAGCCACUUCAUCAUUUAGGGGGUGUCCAGCUGAAGUACUAUUGCAGUGGAGUUUGGUCACUAUGGGUCACUAUCAUCACAGCUGGCACGCUUCACCUCACAGGCCUGUUCAAGUUACACACACUCCUCGACGAAUUCGGACCCAUUAUGUCAGUAGCCAUCAUUUCAGGCUUCGUCGUAGCUUUUAUCGCAUACUUCUCAGCGAUCAUUCGAGGUGCUCAACACCGCAUGAGUGGGAACUUUAUCUAUGAUUUCUGGAUGGGUGCGGAGCUCAAUCCUCGCUUGUUCGGUAUCCUCGACCUGAAGAUGUUUUUCAUGCUCAGGUUGCCGUGGAAUAUUCUUUUAGCUCUUUCUUGUGCGGCUGCUGCUAGACAGUAUGAUCAAUAUGGAUAUGUGUCUGCGGAGUUGUGGUUCUUGGUGAUGGCGCAUUUCCUGUACACGAAUGCGUGUGCGAAGGGGGAGGAGUGCACUACCACGACGUGGGACAUCUACUACGAAAAGUGGGGCUUCAUGCUCAUCUUCUGGAACCUCGCCGGCGUCCCCCUAAGCUACUGCCACGCAAUCCUCUACACUGCAAACCAUCUCUCCACCAUAACUUCAUGGACAUAUCCCUCUCUCCGCACCCUCCUCCUCACUUGCCUUUUUACAUCUUAUCUGAUAGUCUACUGGAUCUGGGACACGAUCAACAGCCAAAAAAACAACUUCCGCGCCCAUCAAGCCGGGACAUUCGUCCCCCGGAGCGCAUUCCCACAACUCCCAUGGCAAACCCUAAAAAAUCCAAAAUUCAUUAAAACCACCACUGGAGAUAAUCUGUUGGUUGAUGGAUGGUACAAGUAUGCGCGUAAGAUACAUUAUACCUGCGACGUCUAUUUUGCGGUUGCUUGGGCUGUGUUGGCGGGGUUCAAGAGCCCGUUUCCUUGGUUUUAUCCGGUUUUCUUUACGUGUAUGAUUGCGCAUCGGGCGAGGAGGGAUGUUAGGAGGUGUGAGGUUAAGUAUGGGGAUAGUUGGGUUGAGUAUAAGAAGAUGGUUCCUUGGUUGUUUGUUCCGUAUAUCUUUUGA